UUCAAGAGACAUCUGGCUGCUACACCAGGUGACACUACCAACAUCCACAAAAUGACAGUUCCAGGACACUCAUUGUCUGCAGCAGCAAUGCGGUAGGCAUAAUGCAGCCCUUUUCACCUCCUCGACAGUUGCGUUCAACACCUCCUCGACCCCAGCUAGAGACGCUCGAGCACGAACUUGCAACACUCCCAAGCAAUAUGUCUACUCGCCGCUCAUCGUCAACCCGUUCCUCGAACUUCUCCCCUCCUCCGCCUGUCACGGCAAGUAUUUAUAGACCCUCUGCAUCCAUCAGGAUAGAUAGCAAUACCCAAAUCCACCGAGAGCCAGACAAUGUGCUUGCACUUCGGAGACAAGAGAAGGCGUUGGAGGACGAGCUCCAGGAGCUACUAGACGCACAGUCAGAAGGCCUCUUCAAAGUCCUGGGCGGUGGCACGGCCGAGGAAGAUGCGUCUUCGACAGGCACAAGCACUCCGACACUAGCAAGCGGCCUGAGAGGAAGAGACAUGUCUCCAGCGGAGCGGUACAAACCUAAGAAGAAGAAGCCAGGCUUAGCAGGUGCACGUAGAGGGAUAUACAAGUCUAUACAACGUCUGGCAGCGGUCAAGACUGAAGAGGCCUCCUUGGUCGCGAACGACUUGCGAGUGAACGAGAGUGUGCUCGAGCGCAUCGGCACCUGGGAGCUGAAACGCGAGCGGCUCAGCCAAAAGACCAAUAGAAUAGAACACGCCAGCUCAGGCCAGAGAGCACAAGACAUCCAGCACGAGGCCCAGCGUCUCGAGGCCGAGAUCCAAGAACUCGAAGAGAAGCUUCGGGACAUGCGAGCACGACACCGCCAGCUGCUCGACGACGCCGCAGCGACUGAAAACGCCGUACAGUCAAAACUGUCGUCUUACAAGGCCGCCUUGUCCAUGCUCGAAUCAGAUAUAGAUUCCUUCCUCAAGCGUCCCCCGCUACUCAAGUCCACCAGCAGUGCCUCGCGCGAAUCGACAUUCCUCAAACUCCCCUCAAACAGACGCACGCUAGGCCUGGCGCGCGAUCACUGGAACGAAGAGCACGCCUCGCUGGAAGCAAAGUCGCAGCAAAUCACCUCUGUCCACGAAACCCUCUCCGAAGGCGCCGCGGUCUGGAAAGACGUCAUCUCGCUCGUCGACAACUUCGAGUCUGACCUGGCCGCCUGGCUACAACACGCAUCAUCAUCACCUCCUACACCAGUCACAAGUAAAGGCAAAGGCAGAGCCAACGACGACGUCGAUGAAACCUCCGCUAGCAGGUCUGAUAUCGUGCACAGAAUGGACGAGGUCACCGACCAGCUUGAGUACUGGGUCGCGCUCGCAGAGAGCAAGAACUGGAAGCUGCUGGUCUGCUGUAUUGGCGCUGAGCUCGAGGCGUUCAAGCAGGCCAUGAGCGUGUUGCGCGAGUCCAUCCUGGGUGUCCAAGAUGGUGCUGACGAGCCUGCGUCUGCCGCCGACACUCAUGAUAGUAAGAAUAGUCAUAUCAUUAAUAACUCUCCGCAUUUGCUCGACUCGCCAGAGCUGGAGUCGUCGAAACCGUUUGAAGAAGAAGAGGGAGAUGCAAGGGAAGUCUCGCACAGCCACUACAGUCACAGCCAAACUCCUAAUCAUAAUCCCACCCUCUUCGAUGCAGAAGAUGAGCCGGAUCCAGACUUGAUGCUUGAGAAAAAGGAUAGCACAGAGUCUGACUCUGAGCAUCAUCAUCAUCAUCAUUCGGGCAGUGUCUGGCACACCAUGUGAGACUGGCCCCCUCCCCCUUUUUUUCUUUCAUCGGCAUAGCGUUCGACCAAAUUGUGCCUGUGUGUAUGUCUGGGAUGGAGUUCUGGGCUGGUGUUGGACUUUGAGCUUACUUCCUGGAUAGGAAUACGUACAUAUAGAAUAUAAUAUUUCAGAGCAAGAG